CAAGGAGCCUGCCCGGAACACUGCGACAAAGCGCUUUUUGGUUGGAAUAGGGACUUGGAGCAGCGAUCGGACGAGGUCUGCCCCUGUAACGUGACCGAAGGAGGAGUGCACAGAACUGCUUCAUCAUGAAUUUUGUAAUGAAAGCUGCGCUGGGAGGUGGCCCUCCUGAUGUGGGUAAGAUGCUGGGAGGAGAGGAGAAGGAGGAGGACCCCGACGCAGCCAAGAAAGAAGAGGAGAGACAGGAGGCACUGAGGCAGCAGGAGGAGGAGAGGAAGGCCAAAUACGCUAAAAUGGAGGCAGAGAGAGAGUCCAUGAGGCAAGGCAUCAGAGAUAAGUAUGGUUUGAAAAAGCGUGAGGAAGCCGAGGCAGAGGCUGCUGCAGCGGCAGAGGAACCGGCUGCCGGGAGCUUGACUCGACCCAAACAGGCGGUCCCCAAAGGCUGCGGAGACGAAGAGGAGGAGGAGAGCAUCAUGGACACCGUAGUCAAGUACCUGCCAGGCCCCCUCCAAGAAAAAGUGACUGGGUGGCUCAAAUGA